GCCGUAGACACGGAGCCGGUGAUGGUUGCGGAGUUUCGGGAAGCUUCACUGCGGAGUUUCGGAUUGGUUGGGCGAACCGACCGUCUGACGGCCGUGGUGUGGGGCCGCAGCUGGCGGACUUUUGUGCUGACGCGGAUCGGAGUUUGACGCUGCUCCGCAACUUCAUCCCAAAUUCCCACCGGCUUGAACGGAUCGAACACCAUUCGCUUCCUUUCCGAGUAAACCUGGUGGCAGUCUUGCAGAUUGAGACCGAGUCGCUUCACUGGUUCAGCGGACACUCUUGCCCACGCAACCCCCACGAGGAUCAAACCGCGUAAGCUGACUGCCUUGGAUCCUUUUCUGAAAGGCAGAGAGAGAGAGAGAGAGAGAGAGAGAGAGAGAGAGAGGACCCAUCGGUCCUUGUUUGAGAAAUCGUGAUAUCGCAUCUUUCCCACUCUUACCUCUUUUUCCCUCUUCUCCCUAUUCCGCCCUUUUUCUUCCCCAUGGUCAAUCGGAUCCAGCUGGCCGUGCCGACCCAUCUAUUAUCCGCCGCCGCCACUCCUCUUGCUUCUUCCCCUUCUCUCCACAGUCCAAGACCCGACGCUGCCGCCGCAGAAGCAGCAGCAGCAGGGCAUCAGACCCAGCAAGCGCAACCGCAACAGCAGGAGCAACAACACCAACACCAGCAGAGAAAGAGAAAAGAAAUGUCCGCAGACGGUCUGAAAACGAUGAGUGACCUGGCGGACGCGGCGGACAAGUCCCGCCAGAAGAGCUGCAACGCCUGCGUACGGAGCAAGCGCCGCUGCGACAAGCGGACCCCGCGCUGCACGCGCUGUAAUGAAAAGAACUUUUCGUGCGUGUACCAGAACCUGCCGCCCGCCUCUGCCAAUGGAAGCGGUAUUGGUGGUGGUGUAAGAGCCGCCGCCGCUGGUGGUAUUGGUGUUGGAAGCCUCGGCGGCCGGGGCGAGUCCCCUCCCUCCGCCGGGGGUAUGAUCAGUAACCCAGGCGACACCCUUCAGGCCAUGGACAUUGAGGAGGACUGCGGCAACAUCAACGAUGACCUUCCUCCCUUUGACUUUAACACUCUGACCGAUCACCAUCUCCAUCACCAACAUCAACAUCAACAUCAACAACAUCAUCAGCCUCAACUCCAGCAGCAACCCACGCCCGCAUCGUCAUCAUCGUACAUUGACGGCGGUCUCCCGACGAUAGUGAUGACGGAGGACAUCCACAACAGCGGGAGCAGCACCGACAACGCGACGUCAGUGCCGUCCACGUCGUCGCUGAACGUCGACUUGAAUGCCGCCAACGCGCCCUUUGACUUCAAUUCGGUCAUGGAUUUCCUGAACGCGGACCCGACGGCCGGCGGGGAGCUGCAGCUCUGGGAAACGCCGUUGACGCCUGUUGUGCAGAAGACUAUGCUGCCCGAGAUCAACCAGCUGGACCCGUGUGACUGGGAUAAUGAAAUGGGGGAAGUGUGUGGCGGCUUCCAACCAUGGCAAAUCCACGAGCCAAACUCCCGCAUCGGCCACCUCGUCAGCCUCGUCAAGAACAUGCCCGUCGUCUUCGCCCAGACCAAGCAGGCGCCCUUCCUUCACCGGCACCUCUACCGCGGCGUCCGCGAGACGCCCAGGCCCCUGAUGGCGGCCUACACCGCCAUCUCGGCGUACGCGGGCAUGACCGAGUCCAACAAGGAUUGGGCGAUGCGCGCCGUCUGCGAGGGUGCCAACGAGAUCCUCAAGAGUGGUGGUGGUGGUAACGGCACAGGAAACGUCAAGGACUCAUCAACAUCUACGACAGCUGGAAGCAACAUCACGGGCCACGAGAAGCUCGCGAGGGCGCAGGCCCUGUUUUUGAUCCAGACGGUGCGGUGUUUUGACGGCGACGUGACGUUGCGGGCGCAGGCGGAGCGGGAUAUGGGUGUUCUGGAGAAGUGGUUGAAGGACCUCGAGGGGUUGAGGGACAACUUUGACGAGGUGCAUCUGCUGGACGAUGGCGCGUUGCGCGGGAGACCGCCGCGGUCCUGGGAGGUGUGGGUUUUUAACGAGUGUGUGAGACGGACGGUGUUGAUGGGGUACAUUUUUACGAGCAUGUAUCAGAUGCUCAAGAGUGCUGGUGAUUUUGAUCCCGAUAUUGCGCCAUGGUUGAUCCCGCACCGCUGGACUUUCUCGAGGCACCUCUGGGAAGCACAGUCUUCGCCGGCCUUCUUCUCUGCGUGGCGCGAGAAACCCAUGUUUUUGGUCAACAGUUUCUUCGUGCAGAGUGUCGCCAAGAUGGCGAGGCCGGCGGACGUGGAUGACUUUGCGAGGAUGUUCCUCACCAUGACUGUUGGUGUUGAGGAGAUGAAGCAUUUCAUGCUCGAGGUGUGAGAUAAGGUUGGCUAUGUUAAGUGGUUUUGAUCAGGUAUGGGCUACGUACGAUGCUGGCUGUGUCUCUAAACUUUGCGUCUCUAUUUGCAUAAAGGAGGAGAUUCAGAGACUUAUCGCUGCAGCUCCUUUUGGGAAAUUGGAUGAACUUUACUUCGCGGGGUAUCUUGAUGACAUGGGAGUUUAGGGGGAAUUGGUCCAGCGAUUUGUUUUUUGCUGUCUGGCACUGUCUUGGGGGACGGGGGUGCAUUUCUCCCUUUCGGUUUCAUGAGACAGAGACGACCACUACAUUGUCAUGAUACUGGGCAAGGGCACACAUUUUGAUAGUUGAUUUAAUGAACACAUGGUCACUACUCCAAA